AUGAAUCUUAAUAACCUACGUACGGUUUACAACAAUCUCCGAAGAAGAGAGAGCCGCUCUAAUGAAACUCCAGAAGAGCAAUAUCAACGGAGAACAAUUAGAAAUGCUACAGAACUAGCACGACGUUCUAAUGAAACUUCAGAAGAGCAAUAUCAACGGCGAACAAUUAGAAAUGCUACAGAACUAACACGACGUUCUAAUGAAACUCCAGAAGAACAAUAUCAACGAACAACAAUUAGAAAUGCUACAGAACUAGCACGACGUUCUAAUGAAACUCCAGAAGAGCAAUAUCAACGGAGAGCAAUUAGAAAUGCUACAGAACUAGCACGACGUUCUAAUGAAACUCCAGAAGAGCAAUAUAAACGGACAACAAUUAGAAAUGCUACAGAACUAGCACUGCGUUCUAAUGAAACUCCAGAAGAGCAAUAUCAACGGAGAACAAUUAGAAAUGCUACAGAACUAGCACGACGUUCUAAUGAAACUCCAGAAGAGCAAUAUCAAUGGAGAACAAUUAGAAAUGCUACAGAACUAGCACGACGUUCUAAUGAAACUCCAGAAGAGCAAUAUCAACGGAGAACAAUUAGAAAUGCUACAGAACUAGCACGACGUUCUAAUGAAACUCCAGAAGAGCAAUAUCAACGGAGAACAAUUAGAAAUGCUACAGAACUAGCACGACGUUCUAAUGAAACUCCAGAAGAGCAAUAUCAACGGAGAACAAUUAGAAAUGCUACAGAACUAGCACGACGUUCUAAUGAAACUCCAGAAGAGCAAUAUCAACGGACAACAAUUAGAAAUGCUACAGAACUAGCACGACGUUCUAAUGAAACUCUAGAAGAGCAAUAUCAACGGACAACAAUUAGAAAUGCUACAGAACUAGCACAACGUUCUAAUGAAACUCCAGAAGAGCAAUAUCAACGGACAACAAUUAGAAAUGCUACAGAACUAGCACGACGUUCUAAUGAAACUCCAGAAGAGCAAUAUCAACGGACAACAAUUAGAAAUGCUACAGAACUAGCACGACGUUAUAAUGAAACUCCAGAAGAGCAAUAUCAACGGACAACAAUUAGAAAUGCUACAGAACUAGCACGACGUUCUAAUGAAACUCCAGAAGAGCAAUAUCAACGGACAACAAUUAUAAAUGCUACAGAACUAGCACGACGUUCUAAUGAAACUCCAGAAGAGCAAUAUCAACGGAGAACAAUUAGAAAUGCUACAGAGCUAGCACGACGUUCCAAUGAAACAACUGUUGAACAACAUCAACAGAGAUUGGCCAGGAAUGCUGCCGAUAGGAUUCGGCGCUCAAGAGAACGUAGUGAGCAUCAUAUGGCUAAUCGGGUGAAUUCUCAAACUGAAGUCACUGUCUUGGAACACGAUUGCGGUAGUAUGACGGAGGUUUGCAAUUUUUGUCACGCACUUUUUUGGCGGGGUGAACUACUCUCCAGUAAAAAAUAUACAAAAUGCUGCCAUGAUGGGAAAGUCCGAUUGCCGAAUUUGGCUGAUCCUCCUGAACUUUUAAAGGAUUUACUAUCCAAUAAUUCAGUUGAAGCUAGGAACUUUCAACAGCAUAUUCGGGAGUAUAAUGCAUCACUGGCUUUUGCAUCAAUGGGCGCUGAAGUAAAAUUACCUCCUGGAUACGGCCCAUAUUGUUUUCGUAUUCAUGGACAGAUCUACCACAGAGUUUCUCCAUUGUAUUCAGAUGAAAAGAAAAAACCUGGAUAUGGACAGUUGUAUAUAUUUGAUUCUUCUGAAGCAAGCAGAAAGCGUUCAUCCAACAAUCCAUCUUGCCUUGCCUCCGUGAUGAAAAAAUUGGAUGAAAUGCUACGUUUACUAAAUCCGUAUGUUGAAUCAUAUUUGCAAAUGCAUAAAUUAGUGCAGGCUAAUCCAGCAGUAAAGGUAAAAAUGGUUUUUGCUGAAAAUUCAGAUUUGGAUAUGCGGCGUUAUAAUGCACCUACCUCCAGAACUGAAGUCGCUGCCAUAUUUGUUGGAGAUGAAGGCGAAACACCAGCAAAUAGAGAUAUAUGCAUUUAUCCAGUUGGGCAGGGUUGCAUAAAUAUUUCUCCUUUAAAUAAAUGCAAUGACCCUAUGGUUUAUCCUCUACUUUUUCCAAGAGGAGAACAGGGAUGGUCAAAUGAAAUUGAACAUGUUCAAGAGAGACGCUCGGCUAAAAGAAAUAGAGUAACUCAACUACAGUUUUAUGCUUAUAGGCUUUCAGUUCGUGGUGGUUUCAGUAUUUUGCAUAGCAGUGGCAAAUUAUUUCAACAAUUUGGGGUAGAUGCUUACGCUAAAACAGAAGGAUCUCGACCUAACUACAUCCGCUUAAAUCAAAAGGAUCUAAGAGUAGAAUUUUACCAGGAACUUUUGGAUGCUUUAACAACACAAGCCUUGAAUAACAAUUUACGCGUAGGAAAGCUUAUCAUAUUGCCUUCUUCUUUUCAAGGAAGCCCAAGAUUUAUGCAACAAAAUUAUCAAGAUGCUAUGGCAAUGGUCAGAAAUUUUGGGCGACCGGACCUGUUUGUUACAUUUACCUGUAAUCCUGCCUGGCCUGAAAUUUUAAAUGCCAUGAAUGGUCGGGAAAAACCCGAGAAUAGACCAGAUAUUAUUGUACGAGUUUUCAAGAUGAAGCUGUCAGAGCUUUUGGACGAUCUCAUAAAGAGAAAUAUAUUUGGAAUUGUUACUUCUUACAUAUAUGUUAUUGAAUUCCAAAAGCGGGGCUUGCCUCAUAGCCAUAUUUUACUGACAUUAGACUCUUCCUCCAAAAUUCGUUCAGANUGA